AAUUUAUAUGGAUUAUCACUUUAUAGUGUAAAUUAAAACAUAACGUGCGCAUGCGAACGAAUUGAUUGACUAAUUUCAUUCGUAACUAUCUCAACGCGGAAAGCGCAUGUCAAACAAAUUCUUUAUCCAUCUAUCAAUUUAAAUCGAUUAUUUUAAAAAGAUGACACUUUCUGCAUUUCCUUUAUACGGAUAUGUUUGAGAACAUWCGUAAUAAUAAUAAGCAAAAAGUGUUACGACUAGUUUACGGUCAUCAACGAUCUAUUCUUUAGGUCCACAAUGUAAUUAAGAAACAUCAUUACUGUGUUGUAUACCGUAAAGACAGGAAAACAAAACUCAUUGUUAGAAAACCAGGACAAAUAUUUAAUCGAAAACUAGAAAGAACUAUCUUCUAGAUAAAUAAAUGUUCAUUAUUAUUAAGAGAUUAUUACAAUAAUAAAAACAUAUUAGACAUGAGUAAUAAUACAACAUCGAAACCAAAAAAUUUCUUUAGAAGAGGAAAAGUUGAAGAUGCAUUUCAUUUAUCUAAUCAAAUUCGAAAAAGAACAUCGAUUAAACGAAAUACUCAAGCUAAUAUCGAUUCUCGUCGUCGUAACUUGAUCAGGACACGUUAUUAUUUCACCAGUGAUCAUGAACAUUUAGGAGAAGCUAGAAACGUUAAUACUGAACAAUCACCAUUUGAAUUUCCAUCAUGUUCUCAUAUGUUUCCUUAUUUUCAAUUUUGGAAGGCUCAAAGACGUAAAACUAUUGAAGCUCGACGUAUAGCAAGUUAUAAAAAAUAUGAGAGUACUUUACAUACGCGCAGUGAUAUUUUUAGAAGAUUGCGAGUGGACGUGGCGGCGGAAAAAAAAGAAAAAAAGAAACACAAAGAAUUGAAAGAUGCAUUCGCGAUAACUGAUGUUAAUCCGGAAUACUUCAUCGAAACUACUGAACGUUUGUUAAAAGAAAAAUUUUCUCUUCAUCGAUACAUCAAUGAUCUUCGAGAAAUUUUAAGAACCAAAUUACUUGCUGGUGAACAACGUGAUCUUUGUAUUCAUAUAGAACAACAAUUCGAUGAGGAACGAAGAAGAUUAAACAAGAUCAAACGCCAAUAUCGCACAUACUUUAAUGGUUUUGAAGAUUUUUUAUCAAAGGAUCACGAAAAAAGUAUGAUUAUUUUAGAAGAAGCUGAAAAAGAAUUGAAAUUGACUUUGACGAUAAAUGAAAAGAGAACUUCUUUGAUGAAGGAAUAUGGUCAGAUUAGAUUAGACUUGUAUUAUUGGGAAGAACGUUGGAGAUUGGCAAAAACAUGUCAAAAAUUUCUAUUUCAAAUUUCACCAAUAUCAUGGAGAAAUGAAUAUGAUUGGAUUUAUCGUUCACGAUCAGGAGAAAGUAUAUUUUUAGCAACUACUGAUGACAUUUUUGGACGUUUUAAGAUGGCCGAAGAAACAGCGUCUCUUGAUUGUUUAUUAAGAAUGUUUGAAGAAGAUUUAAUGGGAGCAGGUCCUACUAAACUUUAUUUCGAGGAUCCUUUUGAUUUGUUACAUGUAUUUGAAGCAAUAGAGACACAGAAUUUAAAUGCUUUGAUACAUUUGGAAUCAUUGGUAGCACCUAUAGGUGAAAUGUUAAUAACGAUUGCAGAAGCUGAAGAUAGAAUGGAACAUGAGUUCGAUGAGAUUACUACUAGUAUUGAAGAAUUGGAAGAUUCGAUUCAUAAAACAGAGGAGAGAGCAACGAAUUUGCAAGAAUACGCUAAUUACCUUUUGCAAGGUGUAUUUCGUGAUUUGGUAUGUUCGGAAGAUGUUCUUUGUGUGUAUGUCUUGAUCGAAGAUGCAUAUGAAACUUGUAUAGCACCUAAUGAUGCUAAACUCAAUAGUUUCACUAUGAUGAAGCUGAUCGAAAAAACUCAUGAGGAACUCAAUUUAGAAUUAGAUACAUUACCUCAUGAAGUAGUUAGAAAAUGCGAGAGAGAGGGUUUUAAACAAGAAUAUAAAGCUAUCAAAGAAGCUGAAGAUGCUGCUAGAAAGUUCGAACUAAUGCAUCAAUUAUUAGACGCAUUAACUCGUAUCAUGCAGAUGCCCAUAAUAAGUAAACGACAAUUAAAGUGGCGUUCUACGCCAAUUUAUGAGAAAACGGAAAAGGUAGCUUCUUAUGUCGAACCAACGGAAGAAGAGAUCCAAUAUUUAACUUACUUUACAAAUUAUUGUAAACACGAAGACUUUACAAAAUAUCAAUCUAAAUUUCCCGAUGACUUUGAUCUAACAUUUCAGACCAAAGAACCACAAAUUUAUGAAACUGCUUCAGAUAUGGUAAUCAAUGAAACUAUAGAAUAAUGUUGAUAAGAAUUUAAUAAAUAUAAAGUGUAUAUGUAUUUUUUGUAAUCAAUUUACUAAUAUGAAAUUAUUUAAGUCAUCUAUACUAAAAAGACAUUCAUCAGACAUUUUUUUAUUUCAUGUAUGAAACUUCGUUUCUUCCGUUCAAUUCAUGGAUAAAUUACGAGAUAUACAUCGAUUUACACAAUUUCUUUUUCGUAAUAAAUAAUAAAUCACAAUCUUUUAUCAUUGUUAAACUGGAUUACCUACUGUCCACUUUCACCAUUUUGUUAAACUAAAAUCUAACCUAAAUGUACUUACAUA